UACUAUAUAUUACUGCAUAAAGUAGUCGAAAAAGGAAAAAAAGAAAAGAAGAGAAAAAAAUCUUUUGUUGUUUUGUGGUUGUGGAGAGAAGGGAGAACAAAGACUGCUACUGUUACUAACAAAUGCCAGGUAUCCCUUCUUCCCUGUUGUAGCAGAUGAUGCUGCAUCAGGCUUAUUCAUUAUAUUUCGUCAAGGCAAAGGAAUGCAGCCCUCUCUCACUCAUCAUCACCAUUAUAUUGUUUUCACCUUGACAAAAUUAAACCUUACUGCCCAUUUAUCUCACAGAGAUGCUUGGCUCCCUGAAUAAUUCAUCGAGUUCCCAAGAUGCAGAAGAAGCCCCAGAUCUGCAAGACCACCGGCCACAGUCGCAGGCAAUACACAUGCGCCAAUUACUCAUCAGAUGCGCCGAGCUUGUCUCUCAAUCUGACUUUUCCUCUGCUCACCGCCUCCUCUCCUUGUGCUCAAACGCUUCUCCUUAUGGAGACUCCACCGAGAGAUUAGUCCACCAAUUUACGAAAGCCCUCUCUGUACGUAUCAGUCGCCUCUGCAGCAACCUUGGAAGUCACCAUCAGCUGCUUUCGAUGAUGAAUAUCAACAACGAUCCCUUCAGGCCGCAAGUUACUGUUGGUCCCAAUGCUCUCAUCUCUCCUAUUACUACUACAACAAUCAAUACUGAUGAUCAGAUUCAGUCAUGCUAUCUGUCCCUAAACCAAAUAACUCCCUUCAUCAGAUUCAGUCACCUCACAGCCAAUCAGGCCAUUUUGGAAGCUAUUCAAGUAGGGCAACAGGCCAUACACAUCCUGGACUUUGACAUCAUGCACGGUGUGCAAUGGCCUCCGCUGAUGCAGUCGUUAGCCGAGCGUUCCAAUCCUCCCAUGCUCCGAAUCACUGGAACAGGCCACGACCUCAACCUUCUCCACAGGACGGGCGACCGCCUUUCUAAAUUUGCGCAGUCCCUUAGCCUUAGAUUUCAUUUCCAUCCUCUUCUCCUUCCCAAUAACCAUGACCCUGCAGCUGCUUCCAACGUUGCUCUACAUCCGGACGAGGCCCUUGCUGUUAACUGCAUCAUGUAUCUACACAGGGUUCUCAAGGACGAUUCCCGCGAUCUCCACCUCUUUCUUCACAAAAUCAAGACCUUGAAUCCGGUUGUGGUGACCGUAGCAGAAAGGGAAGCAAACCACAACCAUCCCUUGUUCUCACAAAGGUUUGUAGAGGCCUUGGACCAUUACACGGCCAUCUUCGAUUCCCUGGAGGCAACGAUACCACCUAACAGUCGGGAAAGGCUGGCUGUGGAGCAGAUAUGGUUCGGAAAAGAAAUCAUGGACAUUGUGGGUGCAGAAGGCGAGAACAGAAGAGAGAGGCACCAGCGGCUGGAGACGUGGGAAGUGAUGUUAAGGAGCUCAGGAUUUUGUAAUGUUCCCUUGAGCCCCUUCGCCCUUUCGCAGGCCAAGCUUCUCCUCCGGCUCCACUAUCCGUCUGAGGGUUACCAGCUUCAGAUUGUCAACAAUUCUUUCUUCCUUGGUUGGCAGAAUCGUGCCCUUUUCUCUGUAUCUUCCUGGCGCUAGCAGCAGCUACCUCAUGACAUGAUAAUUAAUUAAUUACUUAGUU